AUGGUGAAAUGUCAAGGCAACAUGCCAUCACCCACCUGCUCAUCUGCCAGAAUAACUGCUAACAGGACCUACAGGAGCAAACCUUCUCAGAAUGGCCUUCUGACAAAGAUGCAUGAGGAAGAACACCACCAACAGAUGUCUAUCCUUCAGCUCCAGCUUAUUCAGAUGAAUGAAGUACAUGUAGCUAAAGUGCAGCAGAUUGAGCGAGAAUGUGAAAUGGCUGAGGUGGAACACCGGAUAAAGAUGGAAAUCCUAAAUAAAAAAAGAAAAUGUACUGGGAAAGGAAAUUGCAAACAAUCACAAAAGAAUGGCCAGUGGCAUCAUUUAACAGGCCUUUCCCAAACUCACCAUAAACAUUAA